UGGCUGAAAGGAGGGUGUUCCCGGACCGGCUGCCGGCUUGGCAGUCACACGGGACACCGAGUCCCGGUCGGCCGCAGCUCAGCCCCGUGGCGGUGACACCUCUGACAAGGAGCGGACCGGAUCCAGAGUUGACCGCCUCGUUUGUUCUCAGCAAGAUGGCUGAAGUGGAGUUGACGAAAAGGACGCUGCAGGCCAUCGUCAAGGCCAACAGAGGUGGAGUGUCAUUGUCCCGCCUGCAGUCGGAGUGCAAGGAGCUGACUGGAGAACAGAUCCCACACAAGCAGCUAGAUGCUCUCUUAGCCAACACGUCCUCUGUUCGCAUGGAGAGGAGAGGUUCUGGAGAGAUGGUUUAUUUUUCCUCUGGAGCCAUGGAGGAGGCACACACAGCAAAGGUGGUGGCCCGACAGCGAAGCUCCAAGAAAACAGGCCGACACUACAUGGUCAACACCCAGAUGAGAGUUAAACCAGCUGUUCCUCUAGUCCUCAAUGCUAAACCCCAAACCUCUCUGAGGCAGCCAAACCACCGAGGCCGAGGCGGAGGAAGAGGAGGAGGAGGAGGCGCCGGUCGUGGGGCUGGACAUGGAGACUUCAGACAGACGAGAGACUUGAGAGAUGGCCUGUCUGAGGGCAGGCCUGGGGGACAUCCCAACAAGCUUUUCAAUCAGAACAAAGCUAACAAGAGAGGGAACCUACCUGCAGAAAGACCAGAUAAGAGGAUGGGCCUCCCAACACGGUUUCAGAAGGAGGUGCACACUCACCUUUCCAGAAAUCCACAACAGACCGAUCCACCACUGAAUCUAAAUGAGAGCUUUGGCUCAGGCAAAGGAAAACCAUACAACCAUCAGCAGGUCCAGAGCCACAUCAGAGAGAUUUUGGCCAAGUACAGCAAUGGCUUCUGGGUGUCAAAAUUACCUCAGAUCUACAGAGAGCUGUACAAACAGGACCUGCCCUCAGAGGCCCUCAAAGACCUGGAGACCUGGACCCACAUAUGCAUUGUAGAGAAAACCUGCAGCAGCACCUCAACGGAGCUGCUCCUCUACCCCGCCAAGGAACAGACCAACACAUCCAUUUCCUCACAGAUCCUUCACUCAAACUCCACCAUCUCCCCAGCUGAAACGUACCCUGCUCAAAAGAGGCCCCUCAGCAACCAUUUGGCUCGCUCUGGCUCCCAGUCUCCUCUGUCUCCACCAUCUUCCUCUUCGUCUCCCAGCCCUCCUUCCUCCCCUGCGGCCCUCAGCCCUGAGCUGAAGCAGAAACUGGAGGAGCUGCUGGUGAAGUACUCCAGUGGUCUAUGGGCCCAUGCACUUCCCAAGCUCUUCCAGGAUACCUACAAAACUAAACUGCCUGGACAUGUGCUGGAGAAUCUUGACCUGCUCUCUGACAUUUGCACCAUCAACUACCCGAUGCCCGACAACCCCAAGAGGGCCAUCCUGUACAGGCGGAGCAGCGCCGGAGGUGGGGAGGAUGAGAACUGCAACAGGAGGAGCUCAUCUACGAGUGAAGAGGAGCUGAGAGUGAGAAUUGAGGUUCAGAGCAGUAACCAUGAGGUGCCUCCUCUGCAGAUCCCCAAAGAGGAGUAUCCCUCCGUUCUGGUGAUGGAGGCCACCGACACCAGCACAGUUAUACUGAGGUACAUUGGUGAGGGUUACUCAAGGGCGCAGGACUCCAUGGAAGACGAGAUGAGGGAGUUUUAUUGUUCAGACCAAAGCCGGCAAGCUCCUCUGUCUUCUCCAUCAUCAGGCCAACUCGUAGCUGUCCGGGCUGAAGAGGAGGAGGAAAUCCUGAGGGCACAAAUAUGUGAGGUCAUGUCUGAUAAAGUCAAGGUAUAUUAUGUAGAUCAUGGCUUCUCUGAGGUGAUCAAUAAAACCAAAGUGUUGGAGCUGCACAAGAAGUUUUUGAAGCUGCCUUUCCAGGCAACCAAGUGUAAACUAGCAGGCCUGGAGCCGUUCUGUCAGGAGCCGGUGGUGCUGAAGAAGUUUGAGACGAUGGCGAGUGGAAGGAUCCUCCUGGCCGAGAUCUUAGAGAAAGGUCAUACCCCUCUGGUCGUCCUGUAUGACACCUCUCAGGACGAUGAUGUGAACAUUAAUGCUGCCUGCAUGAAAGCCCUACAUGACAAUACACUAGCAAGUCCGUUACAGGUGAACAGUGCUUAUAUGAAUGUGACGGUCAGCAGUGUUUGCUCCGACGGGACCAUUUACUGCCAGCUUCCCUCUAGAGGACUCACUAAGCUGAAUGAGAUAUUGGAGAAAAUAGAAAAUUACUUCCACACACAGGUGACGUCAGAGUUUCUGAUAUCCAGACCUUUUUGUGGGAAAGGAUGUCUGGCUCGCUAUAAAGGCAAAUGGUCUCGUGUUGAGAUCACCAACCUGCACGGCAGCAGAGUGGUGGACAUCCUGUUCAUAGAUGUGGGCGUCCACGCGUCCGUAGAGGUGUUUGAACUCAGAGAGAUCCCACCGCAGUUCCUCCGUGACCUCGUGUUCAUCCCACCUCAGGCUGUGAAGUGCUGCCUAGCAGACCUGGCGGUCAGUGUGGGAUCCUGGUCUCCAGAUGCUGUCCAGUGGCUUCGAGAGAAAGUGCUAAAUACCUCAGACUGCAGCAUGAAGGUUGCCAAAGUAGAUGAAACCAAGCACUGCGUCUACAUCCACCUGUUCACCGACAAGAACUUCCACGACCCGGCCCGCUGCCUCAACCACCAGAUGGCCCAGUCCGGCUUGUUCAAACAGCAUCCAGAUGUCUUCCUGACCAGCCACAGCCCAACCAAGAUUCCUACAAACCCUUUUUCCACCACAACCUCGAGCAGCAGUGACUCCACCAGUGGCAGUCCAACAUCGGCUUCUGCGCCAGCCAAGCCUCAUCUCAGGAGGACGCUGUCAGGACCUAAAGGAGGAGGAGGCAACACAACCUCCACCAGCCAGCCUGGAACACCAUCAUCACCUUCAUCCUUCCUCCAACUGCCACCACUACUAGAUCUACCCCACGUCGGACACAAUAUGGAUGUGUAUGUAUCUGUGGCGUGUCAUCCAGGACACUUUGUGCUCCAGCCCUGGAGAGACAUGUAUAAACUGGUGGUGCUGAUGGGGGAAAUGAUACUUUACUACAAUAAAACUGAGGAGAAACCACCCAAAGUUGAGAAGAAUCAGAUUUAUGCUGCUAAAAUUGAGAACAACUGGUACCGUGUGUUAGUGAAGGGAGUUCUGACCAACGGGCUGGUUUCUGUGUGCGAGCUGGACUACGGUAAACAUGAGCUGGUCAGCUGCAGUCAGCUCAGGACUCUGAUAAAGGAGUUCAGACAGCUGCCGUUCCAGGGAAUCCACGCUCAGCUGGCUGGAGUGAAGCAGAGGCAGUGGUCAGAGGAAGCCUCCAUCGUUUUCAGAAACCACGUGGAGAAGAAGCCUCUGGUGGCCCAGCUGGAGGCCGUGCAAGAAGCCGAGAACCCGUGGGACAGGAAGCUGACCGUCUUCCUGGUCGACACCUCGCAGGAGGAAAGAGACAUCUGGGUGCAUGACAUCAUGGCUGAGUUUGCAGAUGAGCCGAGCAAUGAACUGUAGACACAGAACACAGGCUCCGAGUGUUUUGGUUUUUAUAGCCAGCAGCUGUUCUGCGUAUUACUGAAGACAGUAAAGUGUGAAUACAAUAAACAGAGCAAACGUAUCCAUUUUUAGUUGGUAUAUAGUAGGACAGAGUGAACAAAACAUAGAAAGAAGAGAAGGAUUAUUAGCAUAAAGAGCCGCAACAAUAUAUAGACAAAAAACUCAAGGAAAUGGUUACUAAUAUGGGCUGAGGUUAUUAUAGCGGUGUUGUGAUGAACUUAAUUUUUUCUUCCAUAAAGUAAAAUAGUUCUAAGAACCUUUCAAACAGAACCUUAUUGAAACCAUGCAGUACAGCUUUAAAUGAGUGCAGUUCUGCAUGCGCGUCCUGUAUCAAUGUGAGCGAUCUGAAAGUCCUGAGCCCUCAAAAACAACGUGAGCCUCAUACAUUGUCAGAUGCUGGCUAAAACCUACUGUCAUUCUAAAAAGAAAGUACACCCUCCACCAGCUUUUGGAUUUUAAUGUAUGAAUGACCCAGUCUUUACAAGGUCAUUGAAAAUUAUUUCAUUCCCACACAAAGUGUUCGAGAACCCACAACAAAUCCCACCACGUUAUUAUUUGUUAAAGAUGAAACCAGAAUGGAAAAGUACCUCCCUAAACCCUAAAUAUAUGCAAUAUUUGUAGAAGACUAGAAUGUAAGAAUGGUGUACUUUAUUUUUUACUGUGGCUGUAGGUGUAUUUGUUUACAAAGCCUGCUUAUGCAUGGUAUUUGUUCAGUGUCACAAAGUUUACAAAAGUCAGAGUGGAUAUUUCCUGAAGAUGGGAGGGAAAUCUUGAUAGAAAGAUCUUCUUUAAUCAUAUACUUAACAGUAAAUGUCAGUCAGUCAUUUACUACUGCUUCUUCCAUAGUGGGUCGUGGUCUUGGGUUGUGGUUCAAAAUAAAAAAGACAAAGUUGGGCAGUUUGACCAAGGGCAACAAAUAUGAAAACACUACUCUUGGAGGAUGUUCUGUCAUCCUACUUUGUAGAGAAAAGAUGUGAGAAAGGGAACAAUUUUAUUUAACAGCUGAACUUCCCAGCUUUGUAUAAUUAAUGGAUGUCUUUUUUUUAGACAGAUCACUGGCUUCAUCUGCCUUUCCUCAGUAAUUACUCUAUCACUCUUUGCACUGGGGACACUAUCACCCUGAACUAUUACAACAGAAAACCUCUGUUCAGUAAAUGGAAGGAAAAAGUACUUUCAGGCCAUAAAACAUCUAAUUUGUUUUAAAUUAAAAUCUCAAAUUUAAUUUAAUAGUAAUUUUUAUUUUUACCCAUUCAACAAUUAUUUUUGCUAAAGGGUGCCUGGAGAUUAUUACAGACUCAAAUGUUUGAGUCUGAGAAAAAUUAAAAUGACAGCAAGAAAAAAACUAAGAUAAAAUAAAUUAAUUAUACUUUAACUCCAUUUAGCUGUUUUCAAUUUUAAGGAUAUGCUGGCAUAGAUUCCGAAAUACUGAAGAAGUAUUUUAGAUGAGAGGUGGAAACUCUUCAUUUGUGUUGUCCACACAGAAGGUUAGUCUGCCAAUUACACACUCAGUCAUGGCAUUCAUCCCAGUCUGCCUCAAACAAACGUCUUCAUCUUAUUAGCAUCUUCUCACAGUUCUUCACAGGUUGGCUCUGAACAAGAGGUUUAUACAUCGAGCAGAGAAAAACAAGGUUAUAAUUUGUUUUGCCAAGAGGAGGUCUCGCAUUGGAGAUGUAUGCAUUGCUAACAUUUGCAUAAACCCAAUCCAACAUUUUGUUUUCUAUGGUUGAGCUGCAGUCUCGAUUUUCGGACUGGAUCCUUGUCAGCACUUGAAGUUCAUCUGUUUUUUUGACCAGAGAUCUAACAUUCCCCAUUACGAUCGACGAAUGAGAUGUGUUCAAGGUCCUCCUUCUGUCACUGCUUUGCUGCUGCUCUGAAUACACAGCAUCUCCUCCAUAAAUUAUCUGAGAUUUGGGGUUGCUGUGUUGGUAUUAUUUGACAAGUUGAGAUAUCAAUCAGCGGCUCCUGGUUCUAUUGACACUUCUAUGUUUCCUUCCCUUUUUAUGUGCUCACUCGUUUGUAACAUUUCUCGAUAACUUACCCUCUCAAAGAGGUUUUCUAAUCAUUUCCAUAGUUUUAGUGAACAGGAAACUUGGGACCUUUCCUGUCAACCAGCUAGUUGCAACAGCUGGUUAAGGUCUGAAAGCUCAGUUGAUUAACUGCAAACUCAUUUGCAAAAUUUAACUUGUGGAUUUAUUUUAUUUUAAAAUGCUAGUUACAGUCUGCUUUCAUAAUUUGUUUACUUUUUUAUGAUCUGAAAAUAACAUAUGACAGUAAUUACAACAAUGUGAUUUGAUUUAUUGAGGUAUAUUUUAGGAAUUUUGAGUGUUGAGCUCAGGUCUUACAUUGAGGGGUUUUGUGUCUCUUUUUUAUGUUUGCAUAAAGCAAAGCAAAUGAACAUCCUCCCAGAGUAGUGAAUAUAUAUGAUUUGUCAUUGAUUGUAAUACAUUUUAAUUUACUAUUUUAUUGGUGAAAUAUGUUUUUCGGGUUGUGUUAUGGAUAAAUCCUGCAUUUGCUAUAUAUAGCAGUAGAUGUUACGUAAUUAUCAAGAUUAAAUUAAAGCCCAAUCAAUGCUUUUAAGUCAACAGGCUGUGAACCACAUAAUUAUAGAUUCAAAAUAUAUAUCUGAAGAACAAAACUCUUAAUUUAAAGGUUAAGUUUCAUGUGUUUAAACCCAUAUCUUGGCUCCUGUAAGGAGGAUGCAACUAAAGCUUCUCUAUAUGCAACAACACCUGUUCUUUUGGGGGGCUGGGGGUGGGCAUUUCUUUGCAAUGUGAGAAGAUUACCUGUGCUAAACAUUUUGCCGAAAAGUGUGAUCCCAUCUUAGAACCUAAAGCAUAACUCAGAGACAGCUACCAGUAGUGUUAAUCCUCUAAGAUGUUGAUGGGGUGUAUUUGAUGGGAGCGCCACCAUCUGAACCUGGACUUUAAUGUGAUUCUGACAGACCAGCUUUAAUUUGGUCUCCAGGUUUUAGAGAUCUGACAAGAAUCAACGCUGAUUUGCUGUUAUUAGUAGUUAUUUUAUUUAUAUUUAACUUAUUUAGAUGCGGAUAGGUGCGUUUAUAAUUUUCACAUUGUUCUGUGGUUAAAAAUGUGCUUUCUGAAUAAAGUCUGAUUGGGAGCCUGA